UUUGAACCAGUCUGGAAGCCGAGGUAAUAACAUGUCUACCAGAAAAACCAGCUCCCAUAACUAACUUCCUCCAUGAAUCUCGGUAACUACCUCCCCGCCAAAUCUCCCUCAAUCCUAAUCGCUAUCGCCUCCCAAUUCGGAUCAACCCCAUACCAAUUUCACUCUCUCUCUCACUCUCUUUCAUAUUAUAUCGCCAAUUCUCUCACUCUCUCUCUCUCCCUCCCUCUCAAACUCCCUCUCUCUCAUGGCUUCUCGAAACCUCUUAUUCUCUCUCCUCCGUCACUCCAUCAAGCCCCGAACACCGUCUCUUCCAUCUCGCCCUUCUCCGUUGGGCUUCCUCUCCAAUCGCGCGGUGGAUUACGCCACUGCCGCCGCCGCAGCUACAGCUCCGCCGUCACCGUCGCUGUCGAAGAAGCAGGGGAGUGGUGGUGGGAAGGAGACGAGUGAGUUAACGGGAGCUGGUGGACUGGGCCGUGUGUGUCAGGUGAUCGGUGCUGUUGUGGAUGUGAGAUUCGAUGAGAAUUUGCCGCCGAUCUUGACGGCGCUGGAGGUUGUGGAUUUCCCUGUGAGGGUGGUGCUUGAAGUGGCUCAGCAUUUGGGGGAGAACAUGGUCAGGACUAUUUCUAUGGAAGCCACUGAAGGGCUUGUUCGGGGACACAAGGUCUUCAAUACUGGUGCUCCUAUUACGGUGCCGGUUGGCAGGGCUACACUUGGUCGUAUUAUGAAUGUUAUUGGAGAAGCUAUUGACGGGAAUGAUGAAAUAAAGUCCGAGCACUUUCUUCCCAUCCAUCGAGAAGCUCCAGCCUUUGUUGAGCAGUCAACUGAACAACAGAUCCUUGCCACUGGAAUCAAGGUUGUGGAUCUACUUGCUCCAUAUCAAAGAGGUGGGAAAAUUGGGCUAUUUGGUGGUGCUGGUGUUGGGAAGACAGUGCUUAUUAUGGAACUAAUCAACAAUGUUGCCAAAGCUCAUGGUGGUUUCUCUGUGUUUGCUGGUGUUGGUGAGCGCACUCGAGAAGGCAAUGACUUGUAUAGAGAAAUGAUUGAGAGUGGUGUUAUCAAGCUUGGUGAUAAGUUGGGUGAAAGCAAGUGUUCCCUUGUGUAUGGUCAAAUGAACGAAUCUCCUGGUUCUCGUGCUCGUGUUGCGCUUACAGGGCUGACAGUAGCUGAGCACUUCCGAGAUGCUGAAGGGCAAGAUGUACUUUUGUUUGUCGACAACAUCUUCCGCUUCACUCAAGCCAACUCCGAGGUGUCUGCCUUGUUGGGUCGCAUUCCAUCUGCUGUCGGUUACCAACCAACGUUGGCUUCAGAUCUUGGUGGCCUUCAAGAACGCAUCACAACAACCAAAAGAGGAUCAAUCACAUCCGUCCAAGCUGUGUAUGUCCCUGCUGAUGACUUGUCAGAUCCAGCCCCUGCUACUACUUUUGCCCAUCUCGAUGCAACAACUGUGUUAUCCCGACAGAUUUCUGAGCUUGGAAUUUACCCUGCUGUUGAUCCCCUAGAUUCAACGUCUCGGAUGCUCUCUCCUCAUAUAUUAGGACAAGAACAUUAUGAAACUGCUCUUGGCGUACAAAAGGUUCUCCAGAAUUACAAGAAUCUUCAAGAUAUUAUUGCCAUUUUGGGAAUGGAUGAGCUUAGUGAAGAUGACAAACUCACUGUUGCACGUGCUCGUAAAAUUCAAAGGUUCCUGAGCCAGCCAUUCCAAGUUGCAGAGGUGUUCACUGGCGCCCCUGGAAAAUAUGUUGAGUUGAAAGAGACUAUCACAAGUUUCCGGGCUGUUUUGGAUGGGAAAUAUGAUGACCUGGGAGAGCAAGCAUUUUACAUGGUUGGGGGAAUUGAUGAAGUUCUUGAGAAAGCCGAGAAGAUUGCCAAGGAGAAUGCAUGAUUAUUUGAUCUUUUUGCUUCUUUAUUUGUUAGGUAAGUUAAGCUAUACUUUUAGUUGUUGGCGGUGUCCAAUGAGAGCUGGGUUAGCCUACUUGUUUUCUGGAGAUCAACUGUGAUUUAUAUCCUCAUUUUUGUUUUAUUCUUAAUUUUGUUUUAUAUAAAUUUAUUUGCUUCAUAAUUGGAUACAAGCAAGUUACUGGAUUGUCUCUUUGAAAGUAAUAAUUAGAUUAUAA